ACGCGCGCCCGCUCUUUGUUGCAGGCGUGGCUGCCACGAGCCGCGGCGCGCAGGGUUCAUUCCGAUAGCCGAGCUUUAACCCCAAUCCCAACAUCAACAGAGGUCAUCCAAUCACCCAUCUCUAGACGCUUUACACUCGAUUCCCUUCUUCUGAUUGCCUUAUAUGGCUUGAUAUAACGGCAUUUUCCCUGCGAGUGUCCUACUACUGCCUGCUCAAGCUUUCGCGAUGAGCUCUUUCCGAGCGCUGCUUCGCGCAGACACACGGCUAAGCAGUCUGCGCCCUCGAGCUUCAUCACGCCCCCCGAGAUCUAACCCUACAGCUAUCCCGCAUUGCCUUCGCUUCAAUUCUUCUGUCUCUGCACAAACAGCACCGAGUACUUCACCCGAAAGCACGCCAGCUAUCGAAAAUGCCCAUCGCUCUCUCAUUGAAUCUGAUAUUCAUCAGUUCUUAGACCCCGAGGUAAUCCAUGACUAUAAGACAGAGAACAAGUCAACCAAUGCAAACUAUCAGCGCCUCCGGCAGCUUUCUGAUGAAGUCCUUCAAAAUCAAAAGGACGUCAAUUUGCUGCAAGGUCAGAUCCACCGCCUAAGGCGAGGCUUGAGAGCAACUCAGAAAGUGGUUGAAGGUGGACCUUGGUUAAUUCUCAAGAACUGGAACUUCAAUCCACAUCCAGGAAAGGAGGAGGUCACCUUUGAGAAUGGCUUCCUUCGUGUGGGACAGCGUAAAAUCCCGAAUAUGUGGCUGAGGGACAAUUGUCAGUGCAGCAGCUGCAUACAUGGCGACACAAAACAGAGGCUUCUCGAUACAUUUUCGAUCCCAGAAAACAUAUCCAUCAAAACCUGUGCCGAGUUCAGGACAUACAUGGACGUUACAUGGAGCGAUGGUCACCGUAGCCAGUAUGAUAAAGAAUUGCUUAAUGCAGCCGUACGGGAUCCUAGGUCAAGAGCGGAAGUACGCCAAGGCUACCCGGACCGAAUCUUCACUUGGGGCAGUGAGAUAGCAAACAACAAACCGACUCAGCCUUGGCUCAAGCCGGGAGUCUCCACCACCACGUUUUCCGCCGAAGGCUGCAAAACAGACGACGACCUCAUUCUCCACGUCCUCCACAAAAUCCGCCGUUACGGCUUCUGCUACAUAAGUAACGUUGACGCCACCCCGGAAGCCACAGAAAACCUCCUCCAGCGCAUCGCCUUCAUCCGCGAGACGCACUACGGAGGGUUCUACGACUUCACCGCCGACCUCGCAAAGGCAGACACCGCAUACACUAACAUCGCGCUUCCCGCGCACACCGACAACACGUACUUCAGUGACCCGGCGGGGCUCCAGGCGUUCCACCUCCUCUCGCACACCGAGGGCGAAGGUGGCGCGUCACUCCUCGUGGACGGCUUCAAAGCCGCUGAAACGCUGCUUGCGGAGGAUAAGGACGCGUACCACGUACUAGCUACGGUGAAUGUGCACGCCCACGCCUCGGGCAACGCUGGCAUCUCCAUCCAGCCGUACCGCGGAUUCCCCGUCCUCGAGCACGACGUCGAUACUGGGAAUCUGCUGCGCGUCCGGUGGAACACGUCUGACCGCGCGGGCAUCGAACUGCCCGUCGAAGACGUAGACAAGUGGUACGCAGCGGCCCGCAAGUUCGAUGCUAUUUUGAAGAGGAAGGAGAACGAGUACUGGGAGCAGCUGCAGCCAGGGACGGUGUUGGUUUUUGACAACUGGCGGGUGCUGCAUGGGCGGAGUGAGUUUACGGGGAAGAGGAGGAUUUGCGGGGCGUACAUCAAUAGGGAUGAUUGGAUUAGUCGAUGGAAGAUGCUGCAUUUUGGGAAGGAGGAGGUGCUGGGUAAGUUGGCAACUAGCUAAGUAAAAGCGGGAGCACGACUGUGGGGUUUUGUGUGUAUACGAGCGGGUAACGAGACGGAAGAAAUGUUGAUACACCUGACUGGUUUGGCCCUUACUUUAUGUACAGCUGCCACUGCGCGACUCGACUCAAAGAAACGUUUGAAUUUGCCUUUGGUUUCCCCUUCUACGACCUCUGCC